CGCUGUGUGCUCAUAACAGCCAUGGCGGCAACGAUGGCCUCCGUGACGGCGGCACCAUUUGUGACGCAAAAUUCACUGUUGUCGUUAACACAACAAACGCUGCAAAAACACUUUCACAACGGCAACACCAACAACAACCAUCAUUAUAGCAUUAGUGACAACAUCAGUACUUUUAUUUCUGCUUCGUCACAUAAUUACAAUCGUCGACACUCACAGCUGCCACUGGCCACACUUACGCCGCCUACUUCUCCACCAGCAACGUUGCGAAUAAUGGAUAUUGAGGUGUUGAAUGCGAGCAGCAGCAGCAGCAGCAGCAGUAGCAACAACAACAUCAUCGGCGGUGAUAACGCAAACCACUUGAAGAGUCUUUCAUCGAUUGUAGAGGCGUCGGAUAUGGGCGAGGGCUACAUGAAUCAGCUACCAAUCUUUGACUUUGGACUGCCGCGUAAUAUAACGGCACGUACCGGUCAAACGGAAGCUACAAUUAAAUGUCGUGUCGAGCGAUUGGAUGAUAAAUCGGUCUCGUGGAUACGUAAACGUGAUUUGCAUAUACUGACGGUAGCCACAGCCACGUAUACAUCGGACAAACGCUUUCAGGUGAGUUCAUCGAAAGAUGGACGUGAGUGGAUAUUGCAUGUGAAAUCGCCGCAGGCUCGUGACAGUGGCAUCUAUGAAUGUCAAGUGAAUACGGAACCGAAAAUGUCGAUGGCAUUUCAGUUGAACAUCAUUGAGAUACCCGCCGAUUCACGCGCCGUUAUCAGUGGUCCAGCCGAUCUGCAUUUCAAAGUCGGCAGCGCAAUUAUACUCAACUGUCAUGUGCAACAGCCGAGCAGUCGUGAUAUCGGACCGAUUUAUUGGUAUCGCGGUGACCAUAUAAUCACGCCCUUCGAAGUGGAUAAUGACGAAAGCGACAGCGUUGCAAGCGGCAACACAGACAGCGGUGUUGGUAAUGACGCAGGUGCGCCAGCACUAGCAGACAAUGAGGUGGAAGGUGAUGUGACAGCGACUAUAACGAAUGCCAAUGCGUUGGCUGCUGCAGGCAAUGCCAGUCCGGGCAGGGAGACGAAUGCGGCGGCAGCAACUCAACAUGAUGACUUAACAAACGAAAUAACGCCGGACUUCACGGCGCGCAUAGCAAUGGAAUCACAGUUGGGUGACACAAUGAAAUCAAGGUUGCGCAUCUCAAAUGCACAGACAACGGAUACGGGGAAUUACACUUGUCAGCCGACAACGGCGAGCAGCGCCAGCGUCAUGGUGCAUGUGAUUAAUGAUGAGAACCCAGCAGCUAUGCAAAAAAGCAGUGCCGGCUCAUUGUGCACGACAACAACUACAAUCAUAGCAACAAAGUAUAGAACAAAUAUGAUGCUCAUGCUUUUGGUGGCAACAAUAAUAUUAAAAACACUAAUGACAAGAGCAAAUCUAAUAACGAGAACAAUAGCAGAUACACCGAUGAUGCGCGCUAAUUGUGAAGUGUGUCGGUGGCAGUGCAAGAAAGAAGCAGUGAAUGGUCAUCAGAAGCAGCAGGCAAAACAACAAAACAAUCGGUAUCAGCAUCAGCAAUAGCAAUUCCAAUUGCAACAUCUUUUGUUGUAUUCUUCGCAAUGUCUCAAGCAGCAGACGUUGUUGUUUGUUUUUAUUGUUGUUGUUUUUGUUUUUGCUUUAUUGUUACGUUAGUAACAAGUUUAGCUGUAUUGGACGUUAUUGUUGCCCCCCAUGCCUUUGCUCACAUCAUUGCUGCCACAGCCGCUAGCACCUCUGCUACGAUGAUAACAAGUACUGCACCAACAACAGCAACAAUAAAAAUACUAGAUAUGUCAGGUGCCAGCUUCUGCAUACCGGAUAAUAUACUUGUCAGUGCCAGUUGCAACUUUCUCAUCAAAACCAACAUCAGCAGCAGCACCAGCAAUGGCAGCAAUAACAGCAACAAAAACAGCUAUAUUGGCGUAAUCAUUAGAAAUAGCUAGAGUAUUCGCAACAGGAUUACUGGCAUCCUCAUUAGCGUCUCGACCAUCCGCAAUUGCCAUGAAUUCUCUAGCUUUCCCUCGUGCACACCACAUCACACCAUCCAAGCACUCCGCCCAGCCGCCUAAUUGUAAUGUGGCAUCACACUACGGUUAUUGUGGCUGCCACCGCCGCUGCGCUCCUCCUAAGCUGUUGCAUGUUGCUUGCAAUUUAUUGCCGCAUUGUUCUUCAGCGCUGAGGUAUUUCAUGAGAGAAAUUUGCGCACACAGCUUCUACUGGUGGCAGCGACAGCGAAGUUUGCUGCAGCGACAUGCACUGGGAAACAUAAUACCAGAUGACGCCGCAACAAAUAACUAAGGUUGUGCUGGCCACCAAUCAUCUAGCCAGUAAGUCAGUCAGCGAGGCAGUCAGUAGAGCAGUAAGGCAGCUACACAUCCAACAACAAGUAUCAUUGAGGUAUUUCCUUUGUCUGGUCGCAAUAACAGUGUGCGUGUAGUGGUGGAAGACGUUGUCGCGCGCGUAUGUAUUGACUUACAUUGCGCUGAAGACACGAUGAUUACUAGGCAAUAACCUCUUCUGUUGUUCUUGUCCUUAUGGACGUUGGUUAUUUUGAAUGCUGAUUGCUUGCCUUCGGGAGUGAGCUUUCAGGUUUAAAAUGAUGCCUUUAUAAAGUACUCUUUUCAUGGACUCAAUUAUGAGGCUACGGUCAGAAGAGUCAGACUUAUAUUAUUCAGCUCCAUAUUUUCGCUGAUCCACUUCGAGGAGCGCCUUUCAUCCAAUUUAGCGGAAAAUGAAGCGUGGGUUGGGCUUUGUUGAAAAAAAGAUUUUAUAGUAUCUAUACUUGGGGAAAGACAACUUCAAAGUUAGCAAACAGCCAUCACUAAAAGAACUAAAAGACUACUAAAGUUUGUCGAGGAGAAAAAAAACGACCUUUCAUCACUGCUAGCCAAGAGGAUUAACGUUUGAGGAUCGUAAGUGUUAAUGGCUUGUUGGGUUGUCAGCUCACCUAACUAACUAACCAUGCUUGGACCCAAACAUCGAUUUAGGUUGAAAACUCCUAAGCUGGUGUUACUCUAUCGCCUCACUUUGUUGCAUAUUUCAUACGAUUUGUUAUU